AUGAGCCCAGAAUCUAAAGGAGUUGAAGAGAUAAUAAAUAAAGAAAACAUAACAAAAAUUUAUUACGGAGAAUUUAAAAAUUUUGAGAAAAUUAGCGAUGUUGGAUAUUUUUAUAUAUCUAAAGCUGAAUGGAAAAAAUGUGAGAUAAAUGUGGCUGUUAAAGCUGUUAAAGAUGUUAAAGGAAGAUUUAAUCAAAUAUUGAUUCAAGAG